AGAGAGAAGAAUUCUGGGAGCAAAUGUGUGAUUUCCACGCAUUCCAGGACCACUACCAUUAUACAAGACCCUAAGAAUGCAGAACAUAUGAAGACAUUUACUUUUGACCUGGCAUACUGGUCUCACAAUGGAUUUCAAAAGGAUAAGGAUGGUGUGUUUAUUUCAGCUGAUCCUAGCAGUAAAUCUGCAGGCCAGAGAGAUGUUUUCCACGAUCUUGGCAGGGGAAUUCUGGACAGUGCCUGGCAAGGCUAUAAUACUACUCUCCUGGCUUAUAGCCAAACUGGCUCUGGAAAAAGCUAUUCCGUGAUUGGGUUUGGGGCAAACAAGGGUAUCAUUCCAAAUGUGUGUGAAGAGCUAUUUCAAGCAAUUGAGAACCGGGAGAAAAAUCAAGAAUACCAGGUUACAUUCAACAUGCUGGAAAUUUACAAUGAACAGGUAAGAGAUUUGCUGUCCAAAACCAAGAAACCUGGAGGGCUAAAAGUAAGGGAAGACCAACAGCUGGGCUUUUAUGUCGAUGGUCUAAAGUCAGUGCCUUGUGAGAACUAUGCCCAGAUUGAAAGACUGAUGGAACAAGGAACAAAAAUAAGGACCACAGCUUCGACCAACAUGAAUGCCAGCAGCAGCCGGUCUCACAUGGUAAUCACCAUUCAGUUCAAGCAGGUUUUUCAGGACAGAGACCUAAGCAAACAAUCCAGUAUUAAUUUGGUGGAUUUAGCUGGAAGUGAAAGGCAGAAAUCUUCAGGAUCUGAAGGUGACAGACUGAGGGAAGGAUCACGAGUUAACUUAACUUUAACCAAUUUAGGAAAUGUUAUCAGUGCUCUGGCUGAUGCAGCCAUGGGGAAGAAAGUCUUGCACAUUCCCUACAGAGACUCUGUUCUGACCAAACUGCUCCAGUCAGCUCUGGGUGGGAACAGCAGAACUACUUUGAUAGCAGCCAUAAGUCUGGCUGACAUCUGCUACGAGGAAACUUUAUCAACAUUAAGAUAUGCUAAAAGAAUGGUGUGGAUGGAAAGGGCAAAAUAUAAGACUGCUGAAGUAGAAUUGGUGAAAGCGCUCAGCAUCGAAACAGCCAGAUCAGAAGGUCUGAAAGCCCUGCGCUCAGUGCUCUUAGUGGAGAGUGCCCCCACUGUCAUCGUCCGGCCCUGGGUGGCCGUUCCCCUCACCCUGCCGGGCUCCCUCGUGCCACACGGGCUCUCUGUCUGGCGGUGGCAACACUUCCCAACCACAGCCCGCUCCCGCAUGCACACACCUGGCUGCCCCCAUGGAUGUUCUGUUCGAGGACAGGCCCCAUUUUGGUAUCAACACCUGAUGGGUGAUGAGCUCGCCAAAGGACUUGGGGGAAUGAGAUGUAGGGCAGUUGGUUUAGUGGAACCUGGGAAGAACUACCCAGGCGGAGCACCAGAAUGGGGCCUCCUGACAGCUGGGGAUGCCGGGGGCCUGAAGAAAUGGCAGAGGGGUAGAAACCAAAGUGCAGGGAACCGUGAGAGAGCAGCUGGGAAUGGUGAACAGAGUCGGAAACUGGCUGUGCUUUGCAACAGUCCUGACGGGAUGAAUGCAGGCCCCCGACCGCUGAUCCCUGCCGGGAUCGCACCCGCUCUGUCAGCGAAGCCCCUGGUCAUACUUUCCUCCUCUGGGUUUGCUUUACGGAGUGAGUUGACGGGAUGCACAGACAAACAGCUCCGAGGAGCAGUGGAUAGGAAGGAACAUUGCCGUCUGUGCUGUGCUGCCCUGUCUGGCGAGGAAGCCCUCUCUCUGUUUCUCCUCCAGGAGCAGCAGAUGAUGAAGACCUUCCCGCACCUUCUCAACGUCAAUGAAGACCCGCAGCUCACGGGGGUUCUCAAGCACUUCAGUGAAGCUGGAUCGUGUGAUGCUGGUCAGGCAGCUUCAAAUGCCAUCACUCUUCAAGGUUUGGGAAUUUCAGAGAAACACGCUUCCUUCACAAAUUUGGAUGGUAAAGUGACGGUGACUCCACACGGCAAAUGCAAGGUCAUCGUUAACGGGGUACCCAUCACGACCAAGACGAAGCUGCAGCAUUUGGACCGAAUUAUUUUGGGAUCCAACAGCACCUACCUCUACAUCGGGUUUCCUUCAGAGCGAGGCAGUGAGGACUUGAGCAGAUUUGAUUAUGACUUUUUCCAGCUGGAGAGAGCGGCUUCGGAGGGAGUGAGUGUGGACACGCUCGGUGCUGUGAACAGUGGGGAUGGCAAGGCAGACCCCAGUGUCCUGGCUGUGUUCCAGGACUACAUCAAACUGAUGCCACUGGUUGCAGAAGCAAAUCAAAUGAGUGAAGAGCUGAAGAAGGGGCUUAACAUGGAGCUGAAAGUGAAGAACUUAGCGUCAUCAGAUUCCAGGGGCUAUGACCUACAAAAAGAGGUCAUGGUGAAGGUGACCAAUCAAAGGACUCGUCAGGUGUGGAUUUGGUCAAAAGCCAAGUUUAUCAAUAGGAAAUUCCUAAUGGAGGAACUUUACCAGCGUUUUCUGGAUGGAGAAGAUAGCCACGUAGCUCAGGAAGAUGACCCUUUCUGGGAUCCUGCUGAGGUCAUCCACUUGGGCUCAGCUCACAUCUGGCUCCAGUCGCUUGCCUACUGCAUGAAGUUCGAAGAGCAAGUGGAGUUUCUGAACUGUGACGGGCUAGAAGAGGCAGUGUUGCAUAUUCGCAUGGGCCCCUGCUCCCCGACAGGACAAGCACGUGGUGAGGAGGAUGUGGUUAUUGACCCACUGGAGCUGCUGGGCAAGAGAAUGGAUUUCCAGAUUCGCACUGUGCGGUGCCUUGGCACCAAGUGGCUGAAGGAAGAUGCACAGCGGGGUGUUCAGAUGGGGUACAGAAUUUAUGAUCUUCCAAACACUUUAUAUACCAAGCCUGUAUGGAAAAUUCUGAAUCCCCAAAUUGAAGAGACUGUCCAAUUUACAGCCUUAAAUGCAUCUCAGGAGUUUCUGAAUUAUUUACAGACAAAUGCUCUCAUUGUUGAUUUAUGGGGCCUUCAAGAAGGCUGUGCCGAACUGAGCUGCUCUCAGCCAGGCCUCAUGGUCACAGGUGAAGGCCACAUCAUGGUGGACACCAAGAAAAUAUCUGCUGUGAUGGAUAAGGGCCAGACUACAUCAAACCAGAUACCAGAACUUUAUCUGAAGCUGCUCAAGUUAGAACAGGAGACAGAACUGCUCAGAAACAUUAACAGAGUGCUCAGAGAGGAAAAUGUGUUUCUUAAAGAAUCUCUUGAGAAAACUGGUUCUAGUCAACAAGCACAUAAGCCUUCCAAUACCCUGAAGCUAACUGGGAUGACAGCACAAUUGCCAGCAGCCAGAGAGAUUAAUCAGAUGCGCACCCAGCAAGCCAGCUAUGACAGAGAAUUUGCCAAAGCUCUUAAGGUGUUCUACCAAAGCAUGAAUGUGGCAAGAGGGCAGUUUCUCAAAUUGAGACAUCAUAAACCUCCUGAAGACGAUCAAAUGCUUUGACCAUUUGUACACCAGCAGUCACAAAUGUUAAAGGACUUUGGGGACCUACUUGAAUCCAGCUUGUGGAAACUGAAAAAUGAUGUUGCUCUUAUAGUGAAAAAGAAGAGAGAAUGUUUAUUGCAUAUGGAAUAG